CAUAUUGAUUUCCGUCCAUGCCACCUUCGACGAUGACAGUACACAAGUAACCGAGAUACACACAUACACACAUAUAAACGGUUCAUACGAUAGAAAUGGGUCAAAAAACCGAAGGAAUCGCGGUGACAAAAGUAGCAAUUAAUUAUUUACCGGUCAUUAGAAACACUCGCCUUUAAUAUCAACAAAAUCGAUCAGAAAUAAACGUAAGUGCGACACGAGCAAGUACUAGCAAGUAAUUGUAACCAUUGAUGUAUCAAAAAUUGGCGAAUAUGCAUUCGGAAAAACGCGUUUUGAUGGUCGUGAAAAUUUUACUUUUUGUGUUGUUCUUCUCCAAGUGUUUGGUUCAUGUCAGCUGUCAGGAAGCCACAAGAGAAUUGAAGACUCAACCAGAUCUUUUGAAGAUUGUGCGGAACUGGGCCCAGAAGUUGGGAGCAGAGCUAAAGAGUUUUGGCGAAAUGGUCACCAGAAGAACGUUCGUGGUGGAUAGCUUUAAAAGAUAUACUAUCGAAAAUGAAAACGGUGACAAUUUGGUGAAACAGAUUGCAGACCGGAUUAGCAACAUGAUGGAAGAAAAGGUCAAAGCUGUUAGGAGAAUAAUGGAAGUCGCCGAAAACAAGGCAGUAAGCCAAGGAGAUUAUGUCGAACCAAAUUUUGAUUUCUACAAUGCGAAAAAUUUAAUUAAUCCAUUGGUCAAUGAAUCGGAAGAAGAAGCGACCAAUAACAACAACGAUAAUAAUAACAAUCACUAUCCCCAUAUGCAAGAGGUUCGAAAUAACAAUGACGAAAGCGAUUAUGACGAAAAAAUUAGUAAUAACAUUGUGGUCCAGGAUCAAGAGUCAAUUGAAACAGAGGAGCAAACACUGAACAUGGAACAUCCGUCCAAUACAAAUAUUGAGGUGACUGACGAGUUGGAAGAGGACGCUCAAGCCAGCCAGAAACCACCAACCGACAAGAGAAGACUACCUCUCAGACGAAAUCCCCAUUUCAAUAACAUACCGGUUAACACUAAUUUUAGCGCGGUUCACGUCCCAAGUAAUGUUUUCGAAAGGUCGAAAGAAGUAAUAAAAGGCAUAAAAUGGUCCGAAGAAUUGGAUCAAAUUUUUAGAUCGAAUUACAAAAACGACCCGAACCUAUCUUGGCAAUAUUUUGGGAGUUCAACAGGAUUUAUGAGAUUUUUUCCAGCAAUGAAUUGGUCCCAAGAACCCGUUGAUUUAUACGAUUGUCGCACAAGAGCCUGGUACAUCCAGGCUGCCUCGUCACCCAAAGACAUUGUUAUUUUGGUCGACAGAUCGGGCUCGAUGACAGGCAUGCGCCGCGAAAUAGCCCGGCACGUAGUCAACAACAUACUUGACACACUGAGUAAUAACGAUUUCGUAAAUAUUUUCACCUUCAGCAACACCACGGAGGCUCUCAUCGAAUGCUUUGACGAUCGAUUAGUGCAAGCAAACAUGGCGAACACAAGAGCUUUGAAGGAGGCAAUGACUGACUUCAAAACUGAACAAAUUGCAAACUUCUCCCUGGCCCUAACAACGGCUUUCAAACUGUUAGAAAGAUACCGAGAAGAGCGUUUAGGUGCUCAAUGUAACCAAGCCAUAAUGUUGGUCACGGAUGGAGUUCAGUAUAACUACAAAGAGAUUUUCGACGAAUACAAUUGGCAAAAUCUUCCGUUUAUGCCCGUCAGGGUGUUCACCUAUUUGAUCGGAAGGGAAGUCUCCGAUGUAAGGGAAGUAAAGUGGAUGGCAUGCGCAAAUCAAGGUUAUUACGUCCAUUUAAGCACCUAUGCGGAAGUGAGGGAGCAGGUACUCCAAUACAUUUCCGUAAUGGCGCGUCCGUUGGUGCUGAGCGAUACGCUAAAACCUAACCCGGCCUGGAGCCCCGUUUAUGCUGACGUAACAGACCCCAAGCUGACCAACUGGCUGUGGCGAAACCGUCAAAGAAACGAACAGAGAGAAAGAAUUUUAUUGUACAGAAGAAACAGAACUCUGUUUUAUCUUACAUACGAGAGGGACAAAAAAUUUGUGCAUCAACAGAAAUUUAGGCAGGAUAAUUAUGGAGAAUUACAGAACUAUCAUCUAAUGACGUCCGUAUCUUUACCAGUAUACGACAAAAGGCCUAACGCGAACAUCACUGAACUGAUCCAAGUUAACGAAGAAAUUUGGAUAACAGUAACACGAGAGACAAGAGUUGCGAACUUGUUGGGAGUUGCUGGUACUGACGUCCCAGUUGAAUAUAUAAGAAGACUGGCCUUACCCUAUAGGGUUGGAGUGAAUGGUUACAUCUUUAUCGUUACAAAUAAUGGUUAUAUUUUAACUCAUCCUGAUUUGAGGCCAGUGUUCCAGGGCAUUUUAAAACCUGCCUAUAACAGAGUCGACAUGAUGGAAGUAGAAGUGAUGGACGACGACUCUGAACCCCGCGAAUUCGACGAGGCCUUGCAAGAAUUACGCAAAAACAUUAUUUUUCAAAAGCAAGGCCAUGUAAUGCACAGAAUUAAGUCUCACUUAGACGAAAUGCGACGUAUAGUAGUUAGUAAUCGUCAUUAUUAUUACAUGGGGAUUACCAACACUUCAUUCAGUUUGGUACUCGUUUUGCCAGAAAAAUACGGAGAAAGCAAGGUGCAACAUGCAGUUGAAGACGACAUACACAGAUUACGAUCAAAUAAAGUCAAAGGAGUCCCUCUAACCCAAUAUUUCACCGGAAAUUGGACGGUCCAUCCUGAUUGGAUUUACUGCAAGUAUCCCAAUGACAAACGUCACUUUGAGAGUCCCGAAGAAGAAUUGUUGCAUUUUCUAAACAAAAUUGACUCACCUGGCUGGAAAUGGAAAGAAUGUGAUAGCAAACUGAUAAAGGCAGUUGUAGCAGAUGCCAAGGCCACCGAUUGGUUUAAUCAGAACAUCCUUUCAUCGAUUAACAAACAGGAUGAAAACGAAUGUCAGUUUAUAAAACGGUUUGGGAUUACUGUUGCCUUUUUGGCAACCCACAGUGGAUUGACCCGGUGGCAAGAGUUCCCACAUAACGCUUGUUCUGAAAGAGAACCAAGUGAUGAACCACGAUUCCACCAGCUUCACAACCGAGCCAUUGACGAGGUUUGGUACCGAAGAGCAGUGGAACAGCACUUCAUUGAUCCACACAGUUUUGUCUACUCUGUACCAUUUGAUAUAGGUGACAACAACAACACUUUAGUGACUGCAAGUCAAGCAAUUUUCAAAGAAGAUAGUCAGAAGAAGGCGCCUGCAGCAGUCGUUGGGUACCAAUUUUACCAUUCAGCCUUGCACGUUCGAUUCUCUCAAAUUACGAAUAACUGCGGAGAAAUGUCUUGCAAGAGAACGUGCAAUUCCGAAGAAUUAUACUGCAUAGUAUUGGAUGACAGUGGCUACGUCAUAGUGAGCGAUGACAAGUCUGACACCGGAAAAUUCUUUGGCGACAUCCGUUCGGACAUAAUGUAUCAAUUAAUCGAAGAAGGCGUCUAUACCCCUAUAAGGAUGUACGAUUAUCAAGCAACCUGUUUCAAGGGGGAAGACGUCGGAAGCCCUGCAACAUCAAUCGAAAACCCCUUAUUGCACUUUACCGAAUUGGUAAGAUGGGCAUUUGGUACUCUGAUUUACUUUGCGAGACUUACAUGGGGUGAUGAGGUCGACACUAUGAUGUAUCCAGACCAUGGUGAAACUGCCGGGGAGGAAGAAUUACCCAGGCUGAGUGAAAAAGAGUUCGACAGAAUGACCAUCAUCAAGAAAACAAAACCGGAACCAUGUGACACCGAAAUGUACAUAUACACUUUGACAUAUCCAAAUGGUAAAAGUGGUCCAGUGCCAGGGUAUAAUAAGACAUGGACUGAUAAUUGCACAAGGCCUUUCAUCGUGCAACCUGUCGAUAGCAGCAACAUGAUAUUACUGGUUAUAAAUAACAUUUGCAUGGAUCAACCGAAACUGAUACCAACCCCUGAACCUGUUGAAGUGGAUUACAACAUGUCUCUUACGUGCUACAGGGUGAUGAAAAACAUGUAUCCACGACGCCUGUAUAUGAGUUGCAUCAACAGAAAUAAAAAUGAGAGUGACAUAGAAUUAUGUGGUCGGGGACCAAAAAUGGCAACAAACAAAUUUCUUCUCUUUGUUUCUCUAUUCCUUUUAAGUAUUAACUUAACGUAAAAACGAAAAUUGAAAACUCAAACUUUUGUACCUACCCUUGUUCUAUAUAGUAACGAUUUCAACUGUGAUAUGAUACUUUUAUUAGAAUAUUAAAAUACCUGUUACCUAAAACUACGAUAGAUUAGAUGAAUGCAAACAAAAACCAAUAAAACUAUUAGGAAUUAAUUACAAACUACUAUUGUAUGUGGUACUUGAAACAUAUCUAGAAUGUUUUUAUUGCUUACAUAUAGGUACAGGGUGUCCAGAAUAGUUAUAAUAGUCCUUUAGGUACAGGGUGUCCCGAACACUUCUCUUAGUCCUUUAAGAAAGGAUUGGCCUGAGGCUCUGAAACAAGUGACAAACUUUUUGAAAUACUUAAAUCUAGAAACAUUUUAGUUAUGAAAUAGAAACUGGAAUUGAUCAAGUAUUAACUAUCAAAAAUCAAGCAUUAGAACUUGAAGAUACAUACACAUUCUCUAAUAUGUUUGUAUGUCAAAAUUCAGUUUUUUUUUUUUCAUUGGGCUAAUCUAACUCAAAACAUAAAUUGCCAAAAUCUUGCUAGACACCCUGUAUAUACACAGAUAUACAAAUUAUUUAACUGUUGUUCAUAUUCUGAAAAAUCUGUUAUAUUAUUGUAUCAUUAUCUACUUAAUUCUAUCGAUCUGUUUCAAUGUUAGAAACUUUUUUAGUAUUUGUAGUUAUGUUGAAAUCUUUAGAAAUGUUUUUAAUGAAAUGCUAUAAGUAUGUGAUAAUUAAGUUGAAGUUGUUUA